ACUUAAUCUGUGAAAUUAAAACAAAAACCACAGAGUACUUUCAUUUACAAACAAAAUGUCAAUGAUAUAUGAUUUGACAGCUUGGCCUUGGCUUGUGUUGUGCUUGGAUGUGUUUUUGUCAAAAACCUAAAAAUAUUCUUAGCUAUUCGCACCCUUAAAGCUAAUAAAUGAUAAUUUCACCGAUAGUCUGCUGAAUAAAGUGUUUAGCACUGCAUUGGGCUGUAUGAGUGUUACUGUUAGUGAGUGGACUGAUGGUCGGUGGGGCAGAAGAGUGGAGACCACAUACCGUUGUACGAAACCACACUAUAAGAUGGAGGAUGGCAUGGACAUAGAGGAACAUGAUCUGUUGAACAACCCUACUGUGAGGAGUGUGUUUCCAGAUCUUGCCGUUCUCAAACAAGAAAUUAUUGAUUUUGAUAUAAGUGAAGUUGCCGCACCAGAAUCCUUUACAACGCCGGAAGUACCAAAGAAAAAUGAAAACAAAAAUAAUCUACACAAUUUAACAGUCUACAGUGGGGAUCAUCCUACCGAGUGCUCCACUCAAGACCUGGAUGUGAAACCUGACCACCUGUGUACUGACAUGGAUGUUACAAUAACUGUCAAGGGGAACAGUUUGACAAAAUUUCAUGAAGUUGAUACUGAAAUCAAGAAGGAAUCAGAGAAUGUUGUACCAAAUGAAUUGCCAUUUUACAGGAACAGGAUUAUACUUGGCAAGAUACAAGUAGAUGAGUCUGACGAAGAACGAGAAAUUGAUGCACCAGGCGACUCUAAUAAUGUUGUUAACAACAAAACAAACAAUGAUCAAGAUUUGGCAGUGUCAAUAUACACUGAUGAAAACAGAAGUAUGAGGAUAACUAAACAGUAUUUUGAAAUGGAAAAAUGUUUGGGAGCGAAAAUUAUUCUAACAAACUGUUAUACAACUCUAUUGAACCAUAACUGUUACUGUGCUCAGUGUGCAGUGUUGUUCCCCACCACUGAAGCGUAUAGUGAACAUUACACGAGCACACACACCGAGACCACUCACUCAACUAAAGCCCCGGCUUCUCUUGUAUUGACACAUAGACAAAUAAUUUACCCACCUGAGAAGGCAUAUGUGUGCGACACCUGCAAGAAAACAUGCAACACAAAAAGUAAAUUGAUAAAGCACAUGUUAGUUCACACUGAAGAAAAACCAUUCGAGUGUAUAUCUUGCAAUAAAACCUUCAGUAACCUAUACACUUUGAAUAAACACAACUUAAUUCACACUGGCGAAAAGCCAUUCCAGUGUGACAUUUGCACGAAAACAUUCUACCGAAGAUCUAAUUUGAAGUGGCACAAGUUAACUCACACUGGCGAUGAGCCAUUCCAAUGUGACAUUUGCACGAAAUCAUUCUUCCGAAUAUGUGAAUUGAAGACCUACAAGUUAGUUCACACUGGCGAUAAGCCAUUCCAGUGUGACAUUUGCACGAAAACAUUUACCCAAAGAAGAAAUUUGAAGAGCCACAAGUUAAUUCACACUGGUGAAAAACCAUUUCAGUGUGAAACUUGCAACAAAACAUUCAGAUAUGUAUUGGCUUUAAAACGACACACGCUAACUCACACUGGUGAAAAGCCAUUCGAAUGUGACAUUUGCAAGAAAUCAUAUAACCAAAUAAGUCAUUUGAAGAGCCACAAGUUAGUUCACACUGGCGAAAAGCCAUUCGAAUGUGACAUUUGCAAGAAAUCAUAUUACCAAAAAAGUCAUUUGAAGAGCCACAAGUUAGUUCACACUGGCGAAAAGCCAUUCGAAUGUGAAACUUGCAAGAAAACAUUUAACCGAAGAAGUAAUUUAAAGAGCCACAAGUUAAUUCACACUGGCGAAAAGCCAUUCCAGUGUGACAUUUGCACGAACACAUUUAGCCAAAGAUGUUAUUUGACGAGCCACAAGUUACUUCACACAGGCGAGAAAUUCCAGUGUGACAUUUGCAAGAAAACAUUUUGCCGUAAAGGUAGUCUUAAGAGGCACAUCAUGUUACUUCACACUGCAUCACAGGCAUAUGAUUCUGAUGCGUCGGAAAAAAUGUAAUAUCCGGGAAACAUGAGGGAACAUAGUACAUGACACGGCGUGAAACAGCGGGAUGUCAGUGAGUGUCAGUGGGGCGCGCUGCGGGCGAGGGCUCGGCCUCCGCCUGUCCCCUCACUGCAGGCAGCGCCGGCGACGCACAGGCCGCGUUGUCGACACGCUCUCCUACACCCACAUACAAGCGACUCCACCUACACUAACCACCUCAGUUGCAAUUCUGACAUCGGCGCGGACGGUCGCUUUCUAGCGGCGCCGUCUGUAGCCGUCACGUGUGACUCACUACUGAGUGACCCGGCUGCUCAAGGACAGCGUCCUGUUGUACACCGAGAUGCCUGAAAUCCCGGCUCCAUUGGAAGCCUCGGAACAGUAUAAAAUGUCAUUAAUCGCUUGGUUAAAAUUACUACUUAAAUGGUUCUAUAUUUUAAAUAAAUAUCACUAUGGUAUACCUAA